AUGAGCUCCGCAGCAGAUCGACUACCCCGGCUCCCAGCCUGCCACUUAUGUUAUCAGAAGAAAAUCAAAUGUGACAGCACCAGGCCAACAUGUACUCCGUGUUCGAAAACUGGCAGCGACUGUGUUGUGCUCAAUUCUGGUGCUGACAGAACACUUUCACGAGCAGAAAUAGAUCGAUUAGAACAGCUUGAAAGACAGUUGACUCAAGAUGUGGACACCUUGCCGGCCGAUGAGGUCCAAUCGUGUGACGAUGCGAACCAGCCUGCCGCAGAGACUGGUCCAACUGUCAUCUCGAUCGAGAACUCAACUGUCUCACACGGAGAGGGACUCGGAUUUAUGGCUUCUCUCUUCGCAGAUCCAGACUUGAGAAGUAACAACACCGAAUUACUACAACUAUUGGCGAGAGUUCCUAGCGCCUCUGAACCUAUUCUUCAACCUUGUGGUCCUCCUCCAGACGAAGAAGGCAAGGCUCUGUUCGAUAAAUAUCUGAGUUGGUCUCACGUGCAAAGUCCUUUUCUUCGCCGAGACGAGGUCAAGAGUCUCUGUGGCCGGGUCUUCUCACACGAAUCGGCCGGCCAACCUGCUUCAAAUCACGAUCUAUUUCGCGCCUGUAUGAUUCUUGCAAUCGGUUCAGUGCUUCCAUUCCUGAAUGGCACCCACGACCAGCACCCCGAAGGAUACUAUCUCGCUGCCUUGCAACACCUGCUCUUAAUAUGCCGCUUUGGUAUCUAUCAUCGGAUAGGCACGUCCAUUUGGGAUGUCGUUCGGCUAUGUGGUCGUCUGUGCAUCGAACAAGAAUUGCACCACAAUGAUAACGACUCCAUGAACUUCAUGCAAGUUCAAAUGAAGCGACGAGUUUUCUGGCAAGUCUACAUGAUCGACAGAUAUAGCUCUACGGUCCUGGGAAAACCAUUUAGUAUCGAUGAUCGCGAUAUUGAAGUCGGCUUUCCGGCGGAUGCAAAUGACGAGGAAAUUGUCACUGCUAAUCACAUUUCAAGCAAUUUUGAGGAUUUUCGAUCAUCUCACGCCACCCUGGACACGACCGAGAUGACCGUUUUCUUCAUCUCCGUGCGUUUGCGGCAAAUCUCUUCCAGAAUCCACUCCGAAUUUUCUAGACUUGCCUGCAACUACCUCCAACCUCCCAAGAGUCAUCUGGCUCCUGGUCAUAUAUUUCAAACUCUCAGCUGCUUGAUGCAAGACCUACAGCACUGGAGAGAUAAUUGCCCGGCAUACCAGCAGCCCAAAUGUCUGUAUGAGUCGCAGGACUGGUAUGAUCUCUUACUGGCCAGGGAGCAACUUUACCUAGUCCGACGAGCCAUUGAUCUUAUGCCCAAACGAGGCGGGAAGACGCCCCAUCAUAUUUCCGUCCUAUGCCUCAGGAUUGCACUUCGAACGAUUUGGGCUUACUCAAGACUGUGCCAACAGCGACCACUCACCACACAUACCCGCAGCUAUUUUCACAUGAUGUUCACCGCUGGUCUUUCGGUGCUGUUUUGUGUUUCUACCGCAACGAAAAUAGACAAAGAAGGUCUUUCGGAUGCUUCAGCCGGACUGAUUCGGUGUGAAGAGACACUAAAGAACAUGGCGGAGCAGUUACCAAGUGCUAAACAAUAUGUUGCCGUCUUUGAAGCUGUUGGAUUACGAGGCAGAAAAGGGGCCCUAUUAGGUAGUUAG